CUAGUGUCCAUCUCACUCACUAUUUUACGUUUCUGUAUCCCAAAAAAGAGUCCAAGCACUCAAGCACACUCCCUUCACUCUAGAUCGAAUACAAUUCAUUUAUCCGAUCAUCGCAUGGAUCUGAAGAAUCAAAUUUCGGAGGAGAAGAAAAUCAGCACUUCUUCCCCAAAAAGCUGCACUGAUUGUCGCACCACCAGAACUCCUCUCUGGCGAGGCGGUCCUCACGGACCUAAGUCGUUGUGCAAUGCGUGCGGAAUCAAGUACAACAAGAGGAGGAGAGAGAGCCUGGGAUUGGAUACCGGAAAUCGGAAAAAGAAGAGGAGCGAAGAUCGGAGCAGCAAAGUCGGAGAGAUGUUGAAGAUGCGAUUCAUGAGAUCGAGUAAGCUGAUGAGCAAACUAAGGGAGGAAGAGCAGGCUGCGAUUCUGCUCAUGGCUCUCUCUUGCGGAUCCGUCUCUGCAUAGUUCACUUGUACGUCGCGCUGUUCUUGUAGUACCAGGAGAGGCUGUGUAAUGUUUGUAGUGUAUGUAGGGCUUUUCAUUUAUUUAAUUUAAUUUAAUUUAAUUUUUAAUGCUUUCUUUUAUUUUUACUCUUUCUCAGUGAGAAUGUGUGAUGUAAUGUAAUCCGCUAACAAUGAUUGUUUGACUAUAUUUUUGGAGUAUUAGUAGUUAAUUUCUUUACUUUAAUUUA